AUGAAAAUUUGGAAGAAAUUGAAAUUCCCAGCAUAGGAAUUUAACUUAGAAAACACCUUGGUUAAUGGCUAGUGUUUUAAUUGGAGAAAAAUUGGUGAUCAUCAUUAUGAGGGAGUCUUUUCCAAGUACUAUGUUCAAGUAAAACGUGACAAUGAUGCCUAUGUAUAAUACUCAACCAUUCCACCUAAUGAGAACCCAGAGAAAGAACAAUUGUUUGAAGAUUAGUUUAAGUCAUACUUAAACUACGAUGCAAAUAUACCUGAGCUUUAUGAGCACUGGGCCUAGAAAGAUAAAAGAUUCAGCUAAAUUGCAGAACCAAUACAUGGAGUUAGAUGUCUUAGAUAAGAUCCCUGGGAAUGUACAGUAUCAUUUAUUUGCUCAUAAUGCAACAACAUCAAAAGAAUCACUUAAUUACUUGAAACAUUGCGCAAAACUGUAAGCUAAAUUGUUGCUCUUAACUAAUAAUCUUAGUUUGGAAGUGAGAUAUGCGAAAUUGAUUAAGAUGAUGGAACAAGAAGGAAGAUAUACCAAUUUCCUACAGUUGAGCAAUUAUAGACUGCAACCGAGAAGCAACUCAGAGAAUUAAUGUUUGGAUAUAGGGCUAAAUAUCUUGUCGCUAUUUCGAAACAGAUAGUUGAUAAAGGAGGGUAAAAUUGGCUUGAAAGUCUAAGAGGACAACCAAAUGAAAAGAUUAGAGAAGAAUUGACAAGCCUUCCAGGUAUAGGUAGCAAGGUAGCUGAUUGCAUUGCCUUAUUUUCACUUGAUUGUGCUAAUAGCAUUCCAGUAGAUACUCAUGUCUUCUAAAUAGCACUCAAACUUGGAUAUGUCAAGGGAUUGAAAAAGGAUUCUAGCUUAAAUAAUAAACUAUAUCUUUAAAUCGUGUAAGCAUUUAGAGAUAAAUUUGGUGAUAAGGCUGGAUGGGCUCACUAGAUAAUGUUUGCUGGUGAUUUAAAAAGCUUUUAAGAAAAAAUUAGCAAUAGUAAUAGUGCUAAUACUAGCGCCUAAAAUUCUAAAAAGAGAAAAAUAGAUGAAAUUAAAGAUUAAGAGGAGGAAAAAGAAGAAGAAGAAAUUAAGGUAUAAGAUGUAGACACUAAACGUGAAACAAGAUCAAAGAGAAGAAAGUUAAACUGA